AUGGCCGCUUCUGUCGUCUUGACCAACCUCCCUAAAGAUACGCAUCGGGCGCUCGAUGGCGCAGGAGAGCUUGAGCAGGAGAAGAUAACCAUCCGCCUCCACCCCGUCGGCUCCGCCCCGCACCUCCGCCGCAAAGUCUUCACCAUCGCCUCGUCACGCAAGUUCGAAGCAGUCGUGCGCUUCCUGCGCAAGCAGCUUAGGCUACAAGACCAUGAGAGCUGCUUCUGCUACGUCAACCAGGUGUUCGCACCCUCCCUGGACGAGGGGGUGGGCAAUUUGUGGCGGUGCUUCAAGACCAAAGACGAGCUCGUGGUUGCUUACUCCAUCACUCCAGCCUUCGGGUGA